UUUAGUUCGUAAAUAUAAAGUUUUAUUUAUUUUAUUCUCAAUACGAUGAAAAAGUUUAACUUUUCCUAACAUAGUCUGAACGUUUUUAAGUUUUUUUGCCUGUCUGUAAAGAACGAAUUCAACUGGAAUACAAAUUCCAUUUUCCAACCUAUCUCUUUCACUUAAAUGGGAUUGUAAAUAAUAAGUGAAAUGUGUGUUGAUCUUUUCUUUGAAUAUGGAAUUUUUACCUGUUUAAGUGAUGGCUAAUAGACAUAGUUUUCGGCAAACAAAUAAACUGGGUGGAAAAUAUCUCAGAAGAAGAAGAGAUAGUGAAGAAGAUAAUAUAUACUUAGAUCUUAAUAAAGAUGCUAUUGAAGUGGUGCGGGAAAUUUUAUUUAAUGUUGUGAAUCAAGAAGUUACUGUUACUCGUAAAUUAGGCUAUUUAAAUGGGUUUGUUAAAUUUUGCUUAAAAGAGCCAGAUGAUUUUGGAUUUUCUUACAAAGAUAUUUUCUGUUGUUUAAGGCUCUCGUUGUUUCAUGAAACAUGUGAAGUACGUGCUGCAGGACUGAGAGCAUGUCGAUAUCUCUUGCAAAAUGUGAAAGCACUUGAGGCAUUCUUGCAGAUUAAACUACAAUUUCUUGUUUCUCGUUCUCUCGACAUCUUGCUUGAUAACAGAAUUGAACGAAUUCAGGCUUUGCGCUUGAUGCGUAAAGUUCUGAGUCUUGAUCCUCAGUGUUUCCCUCAAGCAUUUUCUAAUUGCUUGGUUUCUGUUGUAAAUGAAGGUGCUCAAGAACGUGACAUGCUUAGGCCUUGCCUCGCAACUUUGUCACAACUUGCUUUACUCAAUCCUCGUAGCUGCAUAGAAGCUCAUGGUGUGAAUGCUUUAGUUCAAAAUGUUGUAGAAAAUACACAAAUUCAAGCUUCUGAAGCUGUAUUAGGUGUUGUAUUUCAUCUGAUAAAUCAUCCUAAAACAAGACUUUUAAUGAGGGACAAAUUUGGUUUAGAGAAUUUGUUAGCUCCUUUCACUGACUGCCAUUAUCGUUUUCCUAAUUCUACUGAAGGAACUGCUAGUGAAGACAAAGAUCCUAAUUUGAAUUGCAGCAAAUCUGCUAUUGUAUGUGCUUUACUUUCUUGGCCUGGUCUAAUAUACUUGUGCCAAACUGGUGCUACUCAUUUGCAGUCCUUGGUGGAAAUGCUUCAUCUUCCUUACCCAGAGUUGCGUAAAAAUAUAUUAGAUAUCUUUUAUCAAUUAUUUGAUAUUAAUAUACCAGAAUGGACAGAUGAUUUCUCUGUUGCCCUAUGUUCUUCAGACCCUUCUGCUUAUAAGACAUCAUGGCAACUUUACGAGGGAUACAUUGUGUCUGAAGGAACAGAUAUAUUAUCUUACUCUUCUAAAGACAGGAUGAAUUUAGUGGACAAUUAUUAUUCUCUACUUGUAUUGAUUUUUGUUAGUGCUGGGUUACUAGAUGCUCUUUGUGAUAUUAUUGUUACUAGUGAAAUUUGUUUGGCAGUUCGCGCCACCAUUUUUCUGGGAGAAUUUGUAUACAUGGCUAAUCAACUGCUUCCAAUAGAUUGCAGUCAUUUGUCUAACUGCCUUCCUUCCCUCAUUUCAUCAGCUUCAACAUUUGGAUCGUCGAAGGAACACAUCCAGGCUACUGCUGCAAUUACUUGCUUAUUUCGAAUUCAUGAGCUGAAGAAAAAAGGUGCUGUUCCAAACAGUUUAGUUCUUCAUAAUAUCAUUCACAUUUGUGAUCCAAGCGGUAAAAAGAAAGGAUUUUUAGUUAGUGCUGUAAAUAAAAUUAAACUUUGGAAAUAUUUGAAAAAGGAAAUGACUGAUGGAAUUGACCAAGCAAUAAAAGACACACAAGUGAUUACAAAAGACUUUAACAGUUGGGAUUGGGAUCUCAUUGACUGUAUUUUAAAGAAUCCAAGUGACCAUUUAAAAAAGCUAGAAGAUGCAAAUCAUCGCCUGUUUAUAAAGAAGCUUUUACACUUUUUUAAACCUAGUUCAAAAGAUUUUUCAGAAAUGGAAUUCGAUAAGGAAAAUGGGAAACAAAUUUGUGUUACUGGGUGCCACCUUUUGGAAUUUUUCUUGGAAUUAGAAGAGGCCCGAGCACAAGAAUGUUUUGAUGAAUUUCUAAGUGACCUCAAUGUUUGUCUUGUUCAGCUGAUUCAAGAUAGUGACCGAUUGAAUUCCAUUUUGAGUCCUAUGAAAGUUUCUGGUACAUAUGCCCAAAUGUACUUUCUUUUUAUUGGUAAAUUAUCAAGCACUCAUAAAGGAUGUAAAUUUUUAAAUCGAUGCAAUACAUUUCAGAACCUCCUUCAACUUGUGAAUGUUACCAAUCAAGAUAUUUACAUAAAAUUAGUUGUGUCAAGUUUAGAUUAUUCUAAAGAAGGUUUUUCUCGAGCAAUAUUAGCAAAAGUGCUCACUGGGACUGAAGAAGCUACAAGGUUAUAUGCAACGAAUUUACUUCUUGUCUUACUAAGGGCCAAAUUACCAGAUUUUCGUAAAUGGGCCAUAGAAGUAUUGGUAUAUCAACUGCAUGAUUCUAGCAAAUUGGUUUCUUCUGCUGCGCUUGAAAUUUUAGAUGAAGCUUGUACAAUUAAAGAAAAUCUUGAAGCACUCAUAUCCCUGAGGCCUCCUCUGCUACAACUGGGUGAUAAAGGCCUUCUUUUAUUAAUUCGCUAUUUGUCUGUUCAAAGUGGUUUUAAUUUCCUAAAAGAAUCCAAUUUUCUUAGCGAAGAAUUACGUAGGUGGCAAUAUGUUUACAAUUUCAAAUAUGUCAAAGUGGUUGAAGAUCUAUUAAAUGAAGCUUUUACACAUCACCGGCGAAGUGAUGAUGGUAAUUAUGGAAGGCGUAGCACAGACAUGAGUCAUACGAUACGCAAAGUUUACUUACCACCUCAUAUUUAUGGUCAACUAGUUCAACAUCUUGAAGGUAUUGAAGUUUUAGAAGCAGAAGUCUCACUUCAUGAUUUAUUCACCUCAUUACAUAAUCCUUCAUUUGAUUCUGAGUUGGAUAUUUUAAACUUAAAAGCUUCAUUAUGGGCUGUGGGUCAUAUUGGUAGUUAUCCAUUGGGUGUUGAUAUCAUUAUUAGAGAAAACCUCAUUCAAGUUAUAGUUAAUCUUGCAGCAAGUGCUCCUGUAUUUUCAAUCAGGGGAACUUGUCACUUUGUUCUUGGUUUAAUAAGUUCCACUCCAGAGGGCGCAGCUGCUCUUGGUGAAUUAGGAUGGGAAGCUGUCAGACGAAAUCACGAUGAAAAAUGGCCUUUAAUUAAAGAAGAACUCUUCUUUGAUACAUCAAAAGUUAGAAAGUCCACCUGGUCUUUUAGUAGUAUGAGUUAUGACUUCCCCACUGGUGCUUUACCUACAAAUCUGUCCUUUGUUGUAAGACACUCUCCUUACAGCUUUAGUGAUAGUCGAAAUUCUUCAUACUCUAGUUUAGAUGCUCUUCAGAACUCUUUAGACAGAAAGCAAUUUGCAGGAAUAUUGCCCCAUCACAAAGAUUUUAAUGACCACGAUUCUUCGUCUGAUGACGGCCGUCCACGUUCAUCCUCAGAUUGUCAAUCAGAUCCGAAGGAUCGCAUCAUGUUUCAAAUUGCUGAGUCUUCCAGCUGGGACACAUUGGACACUUGCUAUUCAACUUCACCGCCUGGUUUUAAUCCUCACAGGAAGCGGAGGAGUAUUAGCACUUCUGAAGUAGAAAUGAAAGUAUUUGAUUUUAAGUACCAGAACAAUCAGGAAAAACAUGACGAAAUGGAUGAAAACGAAGAAAGUUCCCCCAGCUUUAAAUCUAGUUACCCUACCGUUAGCAUAUCUAAUGCAAAUACACAGUCCUCUGAUCACUCUAGUGAAAUACAUGCAAAUGCUAGUGAUUCAUCCUAUAAUAUUUCGUCAAAAUCAUCGGAUAUUGGUGUUGACCGUCCUUCAUUACUGAAACAGUUGUCUCGUGGACAAAGUAUACACCUUCAUAGCCCAGAAUCACCAGAAAAACCUCCAUUUUUACUGACUAGUGCACGGGACGCUCUAGGUUAUGCUACUCUAAAAGAUAUUCAGCGAAGACGUGUGAGUUCUCUGAGCUUUCAUGAUCCAUCUUUGAGUAGCAUAGAUUAUUCUAUACGUCAUAUGAAGACUAAGAGUUUGGAUGCUGAAGGUGCUAGAAUAUUCAAUGUUGCCCCUAAUGAUUUGUUUUUUUCUGAAAUGGAGGAGAAUUCUGUCAGGCAUCGGUUUUCAAGUCAAGAAGAAAAAACAGAUCCUGAUAUUCAUUACAUUGGGAUUUCUCUUCCAUCUAAUCUUUCAUCUCUUUUUGAUGUAAGUAUAACCAUACUGAUUUUACUAAACAUCAGUUGUCUGAAUUUUUUUUUAAAUGCUUGUAAUUUGUCUAGGUUUCUUAAGCACAAAACCACAAAAGCUUUAGAUAUUAUAUGUUCUGAUUUCUUCUUUACUAUGAAUCUGGUUUCAUCAAAAAGAAAAUGUUCUCAAAGUCAGAGUCCAAAUGAUGUUUUUGAAUUCCAUUCUGAAGAAAACUGUCUGUUGAAUCACGCAUUCAACGAUAAAAAAAGUUUACAAAGUACAACUAUAGAUGAAGAAAGUGAAGAUAACCAAACUUCCCAAAUUAAAGCAACUAGCGAAAGUGUUAGCAAAAAGCCUAUUAUUUUAGAUAGGUCGAAUUCCAUAAGAAGUUUUUUCAAAUGCAAAGAUGAAACAGUUAAUAGUCAAUAUUUAAUACGCAAGGAAGCAAUGCGUUAUGUAACAAACUUGUGUAGUUCUGUUGCAGUAAAAGCUUCUGAACAAGGUCUCUUAAAUUUGAAACAAAAAUUUCCAACUGCUUUUCAAGAUAUUUGUCUUUAUUCAGAGAUUUGUUAUUAUAUUUCCAAUUACAACUUCAGGCUUACUGCUCGGAGGUUUCUACAAGAGCUUUUCUUAGAUGUAACUUUUGAACAACUACAAUGGGAAGCAGAGUCUAUUGUUAGUAUCAUCAGUAUUCCACAAGUUAGUGGCAGUGAAGUUUGACAUUCCUUCCUUUGGUCAAAAGAAUUUUAUUGGUUUAUACACUAAAUGAAGAACUAGUCUUCUUGUCCUAUAAAUUAAUUUAAUGUACAUAAUAAUAUAUGCAUAUGUUGAUUGUGCUGUUUUGUUUUUCCUUUGUAUGUAAAUUUUGUUUUGCAUCAGUUAGUAUACAAGCCAAUGAGAUUUAGAGAUAAUGUUCCUUUCCCAAAUUAUUUAAGAUAUAUAUAUUUAUAUUUUAAAACUGUUGCUAGUUGGAUUGUUAACUGCAAGACAAAUGUUUUAUAAAAAGAAUUUUAUUUUUUGAUAUAUUUUGUUAUUAUAAACUUUGUGAAAUAAAAAUAAAUUGACAUAA